GCGCCACCUGCGGUGAACACUCUCGCGUGCAAUUGGGAUUUUUGCUGAGAUCACGUCAGUGCGUUUUUCCAUUCCAAUCGACCAAAAAGUCGUCCGGAGUCUCUCUCUUCUGUGCUUUACCGUGACCCAACAACCCCCUCGUUACCAGCAGUCACCAUGGUGCACGUUGUUGCUGAUACGUCCGACUUUGACGGCAAGCUGGAGUCCGCCGGGGACCUGCUGGUGGUGGUGGACUUCUUCGCCCAGUGGUGCGGCCCCUGCAAGAUGAUCGCGCCCAAGCUGGAGGAUCUGGCCAACCAGUACACGGACAAGGCGGUGGUGCUGAAGGUGGACGUGGACGAGUGCGAGGAGCUCGCCAUCCGCUACAACAUCUCCAGCAUGCCCACGUUUGUGUUCAUCAAGAACAAGCAGGUUGUGGAGACCUUCUCCGGCGCCAACAACGACAAACUGGCCAGCUUCUUCUCCAAAUACACUGCCUAGAGACGCACUCUCACGUCACAGCCCCCAGUAAGUGUACAGUUGUCGCGAUGCCACAGGCCGGAUGUAGAGGCUCUCAAGCUUCACUUGUGCUGGAACAUUCAUAGAGAAUUCUCGAUCUUUUUUUAAACACACAAAGAUAUCAUUUUUUUUUUGCCAAUAAAAUUUCACAACCUAGAUACAAUCAUGCAAUCUUAAAUCCUUGGAGAAUUUACCUGCAAAGGGUUGGUCACGAAUUUAGCAUCGAAGGGCUGGUUGUUCGUGUAGUGCAACUCGUUUAAUUGUCCCGUGAAAUUAUAGUGUUAUCGGGUGUUUUUGUCUCGCAUUUUGAAAGCCAUGCUGUUUUUCUAGAUCUUUCUGAUAGCUUGGAGGAAAUAGUAACCGCACUCUGAAAGUCAUGAUUUGAUAAGAGUUCUGGUAGAAAUUGGCAAAUUAGUUGAUUCAACUAGAUUACACUUAGAAUCCAUAGAAAUCAUUGCAUUUAUGUACAUGUCUUAUCUGGUGUGAAAUUCAGGCACAAUUAGAACAUUUGUAGGCAUAAUUGGAAGAAGGUCUGUUAGAAUUGCUCAAGAUAAGGCGAUUUUCAGAGAUAGAGAAAUGUUAAGUUCAGAUAAAAUCUUUGAAAAUCAUUUAUUUUGCAUAUUUGAACAGAAUUUUCGUCCCUAUAAGUAAAGUAGCAAAGUUCACCAAUUAGACCAAAAUCUCAUUGAACUCAGAAGAACCAUUUUUCACAAAGUUAUUUUUCUGUGUAAAAUAGUCAGUUUAACAUUGAAAUGGGCUGCCAAUGAUCAAGAUCAAUCUGAAAAACGAAUUUGCCAGUCAGGUUUCUAAAUAGAUUUUCCAACAUUGCAGCUGGCAAAUCCACUUGUGAACCUUGAAUCUGACUAAAUGAAAUCUCUAUCGCUAUAGUGGAAUUUUAUUAACUGGUUUUCCCCCCAGAGUGCAUGAUUCCGUGAGACAGCAACAGAGUGCAUUAGCCUGAAGAAAUGCCUUCGAUUGGGAUGUGAUUGGGAAUUGAUAAAAAAUAUUGCCUUGUUUUCUACUAAGAACCGAAUGUAUGAACAAAGUUACAAAAUAAAUGGUAUCUCAUGUUGAACGCCAA